UGACCAUUUGACAGUAUGUGGAUAUCAUAUGUUCCAACUCUUACAUGUACCACAUUGAACCAUAAUGCCCAUUUAGGGCAAUGCUCUUGUGAAAGUACAUAAUGGAACUUGAAUUCUCAAAUUUUAAAGAUAUCAAAUCUGAAAUGGCCUGAAAUAAAAGAAGAGUAGUGUAUGGUAAAAGCUUAUACUACAUAGUUUCAACGUGGCGGCAGCCGGGUCCUUCAGCAUAAGCCAAUUCUCCAAGGACGAAUCCACUCCCACAAAGGUGGCUGCAUCUAAGUCUGUUUCUGUGCUGGUUCCUCGCUUUUAUGGAUUCAACAAAUCAAGACAACAUGACAUGGCGAUGGCAAUCCUAUCUUGUUGGGGUCCUAGUGGGGUUUCAGGAUGUGUUUAAGAAAAGCAAGUCUUGUUUUUUGCAGUGUAAGCCCCAACACUCAAAGAUUUCUUUGGCGCAGGAAUAUCUUGGAACAUCCAAUUUCUUCCUGGCUGAUGGAUGGGCAUGGGCUAGUAUGGCAUUCCUUUCCUGCCGUGCCUGAGCAUCCUCUUCUUAUGUUUUUCAGAAGAGCCGAUCUGAUCUGCCAUGGCACCGCUAUUCCACAUUUCCCCAAGAGACCAUCUCUUUUCAUUCCUCAUGACCUUCAACCAGACUUCAGUUUCAGACAUGUCUCAAGGUAGAACCCUUGCUGAUCAUGUGGCCAGAGGCAGCAGAAUAGAUGGAGAAGGCACUCUAUGUUCGUUGACCUCCCAUGAGACACCCACUUUUGGCUUCUUAUUCAUUGACAUCAUUUAGUUCAUGCUAAAGGAUUUGCGUUUAUUUAUAUGGAUGAUGAGCGAGAUGCUGAGGAUGCAGUUCGAGCACUCGACCGGACAGAAUUUGGUAGGGAGGGGCGCCGGCUUCGUGUUGAGUGGACAAAGCAAGAACGCGGUGGUAUUAGAAGGCCUGGGGGUUCAAGAAGAUCUUCAGCUAAUUUGAGACCCACUAGGACUUUGUUUGUUAUCAAUUUUGACCCUGUUCAUACUCGGACAAGGGACUUGGAGAAGCACUUUGAUCCAUAUGGAAAAAUACUGAAUAUAAGGAUUAGAAGGAAUUUUGCUUUCAUUCAAUAUGAAUCACAAGAAGAUGCCACCAAAGCACUGGAUGCAACAAACACAAGCAAGUUGAGGGAUCGAGUUCUUUCUGUGGAAUAUGCUGCCCGGGAUGACGAUGAAAAAAGAAAUGGGUACAGCCCUGAUAGACGUCGUGAUAGGUCACCUGCAAGGAGAAGCCGUGAUCGUGGGCAAUCACGGAGCCCUUACCGAAGAGAGAGAGGUAGUCCUGAUUAUGGCCGUGGACCCAGCCCAUAUUCUAGGCCUGAACCAAGGGCUAGUCCUGAUCACGGUAGAACUGAAAGCCCUGUCUAUGAAAGGGAUUUAAGCCGUUCACCCCCAGCACGCGAAAGAUCUGAAUCUUGAGUGCACUAUUGGGGGGCGUUAAAGAUUUAUUUGUUGUUCCCUCUGUCACAGAGCCCACAGGGGCAGACAUGAUAUCGGCAAUUUUCAUGGAGCAAUCUUAAACUGUGAGAUAUGCUUAUGAACUGGUGGAUUAGGGAUCAUGUAGUGCAGAUCUAUGCUUACAGUUUAUUUAAUUUUAUUACUUUUGAAGGGAUUCUGUUAUCUUCUCAAAACCAUGCAAGGUGUAAAAUGUUUUCUUUUGCUUGACAAUAUUCUCUAACCUCCCUACGUUGGUUUUGGAAGAUGGAAUGUU